GUCAUUCUCUCUCUCUUUUCCUUAUUUGAUUGAGAUUUCUUUUCCAGUUCUCCCUUUCUUCGUAUCGCGUGGCUCUUCUGAAGUCAAAUCUUAACGCUCCGUGACCAUGGCGACGGCUUCAGUUGCAUUCAAAUCGAGGGAAGAUCAUAGGAAGCAAAUCGAAUUAGAGGAAGCUCGUAAAGCUGGGCUUGCCCCGGCUGAGGUAGAUGAAGAUGGAAAGGAAAUCAAUCCUCACAUACCACAGUAUAUGUCAUCUGCUCCAUGGUAUCUCAAUUCAGAGAAACCGAGUUUAAAACAUCAAAGGAAGUGGAAGAGUGAUCCCAAUUACACAAAGUCAUGGUAUGAUAGAGGUGCAAAGAUAUUUCAAGCGGACAAAUAUAGGAAGGGGGCAUGUCAAAACUGUGGCGCAAUGACCCAUGAUGCAAAAGCUUGCAUGGACAGACCCCGUAAAGUUGGAGCGAAGUGGACUAGCAAAAACAUCGCACCUGAUGAAAAGAUUGAGACUUUUGAACUUGACUAUGAUGGAAAAAGGGACCGAUGGAAUGGUUAUGACCCUUCAACUUACCAUCGUGUGAUAGAGCUCUAUGAAGCAAAGGAGGAAGCUCGGAGGAAGUAUCUGAAGGAACAGCAGCUUAAGAAAUUGGAGGAGAAGAACAACAACCAAAGCGGCAAUGAUGCAACCAGUGACGGGGAUGAGGAAGAUGAUGACCUCAGGGUUGAUGAGGCCAAGGUUGAUGAGAGCAGGCAGAUGGACUUUGCAAAGGUCGAAAAGCGUGUUAGAACAACAGGUGGAGGUAGCACAGGAACCGUAAGGAAUCUGCGUAUUCGGGAGGAUACAGCGAAGUACCUUUUAAACCUCGAUGUGAACUCUGCUCAUUAUGACCCAAAAACUCGCUCCAUGCGUGAAGAUCCUCUUCCAGAUGCGGAUCCUAAUGAGAAAUUUUACUUGGGAGAUAAUCAAUAUAGAAACAGCGGGGAAGCUAUGGAAUUCAAGCAGCUUAAUAUCCAUGCGUGGGAAGCGUUUGACAAGGGACAGGACAUGCAUAUGCAAGCAGCUCCCUCACAAGCCGAGUUGCUCUUUAAGAACUAUCAAGUUGCAAAAGACAAACUGAAAUCUCAAACAAAGGACACAAUUAUGGAGAAGUAUGGGAAUGCUGCCGCUGAGGAUGAACUUCCAAUGGAGCUUCUACUUGGGCAAAGUGAAAGACAAGUCGAGUAUGACCGAGCCGGGAGGAUUAUAAAGGGACAGGAGGUAGCAUUGCCCAAGAGCAAAUAUGAAGAAGACGUCCAUGCGAACAAUCACACCAGUGUGUGGGGAUCGUGGUGGAAAGACCAUCAGUGGGGCUACAAGUGCUGCAAGCAGACAAUUCGUAACAGUUACUGCACGGGUUCUGCUGGAAUCGAGGCUGCUGAAGCUUCCAUCGAUCUAAUGAAGGCAAAUAUUGCCCGUAAAGAGGCAUCGGAAGAGAGCCUCAAGAAGGCUGAAGAGAAGAAAAUUGCGACAUGGGGAACCGAUAUCCCUGAAGAUUUGGAGCUGGACGAGGAGCUUCUUUCGAAAGCUCUUAAGAAGGAGGAUGAGCGUAGGAGGGAAGAGAAAGAUGAGCGGAAGCGCAAGUAUAACGUCAGGUGGAACGACGAGGUGACUCAAGAGGAUAUGGAAGCGUAUAGAAUGAAGAGAGUUCACCAUGACGACCCUAUGAAAGAGUUCAUCGGCUAAAGCCACCCCUUGAAGCCUUUUUUAUUAUGUUUUUACAUAUCUCUGUGUUUUACAUGGCUUGCUGUUCGUUUUAGAGAGAGAGAGGGCCCAAAUACUACUUGCUCA